AUGUCAGACGCCAAGAUCAAGAAGUCCUGGCUCAAAAAUGGAGUCCUGAGACCAGGUCGACUUCUCCAUCAAGAUGCGAGAAAAUGGCUGCAAAGAUGGCCUGACGACUGGACCAUCUUCAACCAGCUCGUGCUGGCAAGCGCUGUCUAUGUGUUCUUCACAAAUCUCCUCCCUGGCAUCACCUUCGCUUCGGAUCUGUAUCAGCGAACAGGACAGAACUGGGGCACUAUUGAAAUUGUCUUCGGUACAGGACUAUGUGGCAUCAUCUUCAGCGUCUUCUCCCUCCAACCUCUUGUUAUCCUCGGGAUUACAGGACCCUUCACAGUUCUGGCUGAGAACAUUUACAAGAUCUGCUCCGAGACACUCGAGAUUGACUUCCUUCAGUUCAUGGCAUGGGCCCUCAUCCAUUCGGGCUGGAUGCACAUCCUUUUGGCAUUGUUCAAUGCACACGACUGGACAAUGUUGUAUGUGACGGAGUUUAGCUGCGAGAUCUUCAGCUUGCUGAAUAGCAUCAUUUACUUCCACAAGGCCGUUCAAGAACUGGAGCGCGUCCAUGCAAGUGUGGAUCAAGCAGCUUUCUUGUACGCCAUCAUCAGUGCUGUUGGUACAUUCAUGCUCGCCCUUUUCUUGAGUACGGCAGAACGCUGGCCGCCAAUCGUACACAAAUACUUUCGCAUGGGACUACGGGAAUACGCUGCUGCAAUUAGUAUCAUCUUCUUUGUCGGAAUUCCUUACGCCGGAGAGCUCAAGCCAUUAGAUAAAGAUACACUCUACACUUCGAGCGAAUCUUUCCGACCAACACUGCCCGGCCGCGAGUCCUUCUAUGUGCCAUUCUGGAAUCUGUCCGCCUCAUGGGUAUUUGCAGCCAUGAUACCAGGCUUCAUCAUCACUGUGCUCUUCUUCUUUGAUCACGAAAUCAGCAGUAUCAUAUGUACGACACAGCGUUACGGAAUCCGCAAGCCCACGGGGUACGCACAAGACAUUGUGCUUCUAGGACUCACGACCGCUUUAUGUGGCAUAUUAGGUAUCCCACCAGCCAACGGGCUUCUCCCUCAAGCGCCUCUCCACUCGGAAAGUCUCAUGUAUGACAAUCUCGCAGAAGCAGGUGUGGAAGAAGCAGUGAUUGACAAGAACGGCAUCGAACACGUGGUCGAACGCCCCAUGAAACGCGUGCACGAACAACGCUGGUCACAUUUCCUCCACGCAGCCGCGAUUUUGGCCUGCAUUGCACCUCCUCUCCAACUCGUUCUGGGCCUGACUCCGACUUCUGUCUUGGCCGGGCUUUUCCUCUUCAUGGGUCAACAAUCACUGUCUGUCAAUCCCGUCUUACAGCGUACCAUCUGGGCUCUCACACCCACGUCUGAUCUGCCGCGUCUGCCGAGCGAGAGCAUCAAGAGCUGGUGGCCAAUUCACGCUUACACCUUGUUCGAAAUCGUCAUGGCGGUCAUCAUUUUCAUCGUCACGCUCACCAUUGCUGGCCCGGCAUUUCCGCUCAUCAUCGCUGCUUUGGUUCCCUUUCGUCUAUUAGUCAUGAAGAAAAUUUGGUCCAAGGACGUUCUACGAUUUGUAGAUCGAUGGGCUUGUCGCGAAGGUACCCCGGAGGACCAGGAUGACGAAAGCGGCCACUGCGCGGAAGAAAAUAUUGAGAAGGAUCUGGCUCUGCCUGAACAAAUCACUGUGGAUACUGGUCAUGACAAGGUCAUGGGAUGCGAUACGACUCGAAGAAGAUGA